CACCUCCAGCUCUUGUUCCCAUCUUGGCUUGACAGGGCAGCUGCACAGUGUGGUGAUGGGUUGCUCUUCAAACACCUCUCAUGACUUUUCCUUGCCCUCUCUCCAGGUGCAUCUGCAGCCCCAAGACAUGUCCUGCUACACCCCGUGCCGGCCCUGCCAGCCCUGUGGCCCCACCCCGCUGGCCAACAGCUGCAACGAGCCCUGUGUCAGGCAGUGCCAGGACUCCACCGUGGCCAUCCAGCCCUCGCCCGUGGUGGUGACCCUGCCCGGCCCCAUCCUCAGCUCCUUCCCACAGAACACCGCCGUGGGAUCCUCCACCUCAGCUGCUGUUGGCAGCAUCCUCAGCUCUCAGGGAGUGCCCAUCAACUCUGGGGGCUUUGGCCUCUCGGGCUUGGGCAGUGGCCUCUGUGGCACGAGGUGCUUCCCCUGCUGAAGCUGCUCCCUGCACUGUGGCCUCCACCUGGAUCCCCCUCUUUUCCCUCUUUUGACUCAUUAAA